AUGCAUCACCUAAGGAUUUCUGCAUUUGUCCUACUACCGUUUGCGUUGCUGCAUUGUGUCGCCGCCGCCCCGAGCAACAGACACUCAAGUUCAAACUCAUUCGGCGAUGAGGGCGAUGAAUGGUCCGUGCCCAUGUUCCCCUUCUCCAACCCAUUCCUCAGUCUCAUGGCAGCACGAUCCCAACGAGGGCUCCAGGAUAUGAACAGCCACUCCGUCCAGAAAAGGAAAUGCAACACGGCAACGUGCGUCACCCAAAGACUAGCAGACUUUCUGGUGCGUUCAAGUAACACCAUUGGUACCGUGUACACGCCAACAAACGUUGGUUCUGCCACCUAUGGAAAGAGGGACCGACUUCUGCCUCCUAGUUACUACCUUCCUCUCUAG